AUGGCCGUGGGCACCGCGACCACCAUCUCACAUCCAAAGGAAGAAAUGGGUUUCGAUGACGAGAAGGAGAGGAGGGAAGCUGAAGAUGAGGUGCAAGGCAGAUCGGGUAGUGACCAGUGGGACGGUGAUAAACUCAACAGACAGGUAAGCGAGGCUUCCUUCUAUGGCACAGAUGAUGAUGAUGAUGAGGAUCAGGAGGAUGAGGAUGAAGGCGGCAAGAAGAGCACCGGCCUUAAGCCGCAUCUUGGUCCUCUGUGCACCCUCAAGGAGCACCUGGAGAAAGAUAAGGAUGACGAAAGCUUAAGGAGAUGGAAAGAGCAGCUUUUGGGGGGUGUAGAUUUUAACUCUGUUGGAGAAAGCUUGGAACCAGAAGUCAGGAUUCUGAGCCUUUCAAUCACGUCACCUGGUAGACCUGAGCUGGUCCUUCCCAUGCCUCUGUCACCUGAUCAUUCAAGUGGCCCGCUGUUUGUUCUAAAAGAAGGAAGCCGCUACAGCCUCAAAUUCUCCUUCUUGGUCAGCAACAACAUUGUCUCUGGCCUUAAAUAUACCAACACUGUUUGGAAGACUGGUCUCAAAGUUGUCAGUACAAAAAUCAUGCUCGGAACAUUUAGCCCCCAACAACAGCCUUACACAUACAUGAUGGCAGAAGAGGUUACACCUUCUGGAAUUUUUGCUAGAGGAACGUAUUCAGCGAGAUCAAAGUUUGUAGAUGAUGACAAGAAGUGUCACUUAGAGAUCAACUACACGUUUGCCAUAAAAAAAGACUGGCGAUCAAGUCCAUGAAACUAGUUGGCCAAAGCAGUACCUGCACAAAUGACUUCAGAAAGGACCUUGCAAUCAGCGACUAGUAUGAUUUUAAGUGAAAGGAGGAGUUGACCUUUUCAUUCUGCAAUUGGUUGUUGCAAAAGCAAUUCAUAUUCGUCACUCCACAGUAGUCAAAGCAAAGAUGGACAGAGAAGAGACAUCAAUG